AUGCUGUUCCGUUUCGGCGUGGUGCUGCCGGCCCGGAUGACGGAGGGCGGCGGCGUGCUCCUGGUGGCCGGCUCGCGGCCGGAGCUGGGCCAGUGGGACCCGCAGCGCGCCGUGCCCAUGAAGCCGGCGCGGCCGACCGCCCCGCUGCCAGCCCAGGAGCCCGCGCUGUGGCUGGCGGAGGUGGUGCUGCCGGACGAGGACGCCGCCAGCCCCUUCUGGUACAAGUUCCUCCGGCGGCAGGGCGGCGACCUCCUCUGGGAAGGUAAUGGGCCCCAUCAUGAUCGAAGUUGUGUUUACAACCAGAGCAACAUAGUAGAUGGAGUUUACUGCCUCCCAAUAGCACACUGGAUUGAAGUCUCUGGACAUACUGAUGAGAUGAAACAUACAACUGACUUCUAUUUUAAUAUUGCAGGACAUCAAGCUAUCCAUUACUCCAGAAUUCUGCCAAACAUCUGGCUGGGAAGUUGCCCUCGGCAGCUGGAGCAUGUGACCGUCAAGCUGAAGCAUGAGCUGGGUGUUACGGCUGUGAUGAACUUCCAGACCGAAUGGGACAUUGUUCAGAAUUCCUGGGGCUGCAACCGCUACCCGGAACCCAUGAGCCCCGACAUCCUCAUGAAACUGUAUAAAGAGGAAGGUCUUGCCUAUGUCUGGAUGCCAACCCCAGACAUGAGCACUGAAGGAAGAAUACAGAUGUUGCCACAAGCUGUCUACCUCUUGCACGGGCUACUGGAGAAUGGACACACUGUCUACGUUCAUUGCAACGCUGGCGUUGGCAGGUCUACAGCUGCUGUCAGUGGCUGGCUGAAGUACGUGAUGGGAUGGAGCCUGCGGAAAGUGCAGUACUUUUUGGCUUCCCGGAGACCAGCUGUCUACAUAGAUGAGGAAGCUCUGAAUUGUGCCGAAGAUGAUUUCUACCAGAAAUUUGGACAUCUUCAUUCCUCAUGCAAAAUACAAGAGUAGAAAAGCAGAAGAGGAAAAGGAAGGUGAAGAGGAAUCCUUACAUUUGAACCCCAAGGACUUAGAAAUCAUGAGCCAGAUGCCUGCCUCUCCUCUUCAGAUUAUAAUCUUGUCAUAAAAGUUGUGGGAAUUUUGUUUAAAAAGUGCCUU